AUGCAUGAGUGUCUUUAUUAUAUACCUGUUACACAUCUCCGUGUACAUCUAGCCGACAGACAAACUCUUUUUAGCCGAAGAAACCGAGAAGGAGAAAAAGAAAAAAGAAAGAAGAGGAGAAGAGGAGAAAAGAAGGAAGAGGAGAAAAGAAGGAAGAGGAGAAAAGAAGGAAGAGGAGAAAAGAAGGAAGAGAAGAAGCCGUUACAAACUGAAUAG